AUUAAUUUUAAAAUAUAUAUCGUUUCGGUUUCUCAAAAUUUCAUCAAAAUUCAUCUAUACGCCAGAAUCCUUUGCCAGAGGGCAACCCUCUGCGUACUAAGACCAUGUCUCAGUCUCUCGUUAAACCUAAGAUAUCGCUGCUUUUCCAGCAAGUGCCAAAAGGAGAAGGAAGCGCCGAAGUUCCGGCUGGACCGCGGACCCUUCACAUCCCAAUUGGAUUAUCAGUCGCGACUGCAGUACAAAGCACCUGCUCUGAGUGUGCCCCUAAGCGGAAUUAUAUGCACCAUUGGACCCUCGUCCAACUGUCCGGAAGUGCUUCUGGAACUCAUCCGUGCGGGGAUGCGGGUGGUGCGUAUGAACUUCUCCCACGGCACCCACGAGUAUCAUUGCAAGACGAUCCAGGCGGCACGUAAAGCGAUUGCCAUGUAUGUGGAGCAAACGGGUUUGCCUAGGCCUGUGGCAAUCGCCCUGGACACAAAGGGUCCGGAAAUCCGGACAGGAAAGCUGGCCGGCGGCAGUGACACCGCCGAGAUCGAGCUCAAGCCCGGCGACAAAAUCACGUUAAGCACGAAAAAGGAACUUGAGGAGAAGUGCACGAAGGAGAUAAUCUACGUGGACUAUCAGCGAUUACCGGGACUAGUCAAGCCCGGAAAUCGGAUCUUUGUCGACGACGGCUUGAUAGCCUUGGUUGUUAAGGAAUCGAAGGCGGAUGAGGUGAUCUGCCAGGUUGAGAAUGGUGGUAAGCUGGGCUCCCACAAGGGAAUCAAUUUGCCGGGUAUUCCGGUGGAUCUUCCCUCUGUAACCGAGCAGGAUAAGCGCGACCUUAAAUUCGGGGCAGAACAGCAGGUGGACAUGAUCUUCGCGUCGUUCAUCCGUGAUGCCAAGGCUUUGAAAGAAAUACGCCAGGUACUGGGACCAACGGGUGAACACAUAAAGAUCAUAUCCAAGAUAGAGAACCAACAGGGUCUGGCCAACAUAGACGACAUUAUCCGCGAAUCCGAUGGCAUAAUGGUGGCCCGCGGCGACAUGGGAAUAGAGAUACCAACGGAAGAUGUCCCACUUGCGCAGAAGUCCAUCGUGGCAAAGUGCAACAAGGUGGGCAAGCCGGUGAUCUGUGCCACCCAGAUGAUGGAGUCGAUGACGAACAAACCGCGACCCACGCGUGCCGAGGCCUCGGAUGUUGCCAAUGCGAUCUUCGACGGAUGCGAUGCCGUAAUGCUGUCCGGAGAAACGGCGAAGGGAAAGUAUCCGGUGGAGUGUGUGCAGUGCAUGGCCAGGAUAUGUGCCAAAGUCGAGGCAGUUUUAUGGUACGAAAACAUUCAGAACAGCCUUAAGAGGGAGAUUAGGACCACUGCUGCCGAUCACAUUUCGGCGGUAACCACGGCAAUUGCGGAAGCGGCCACGGUGGGUCAGGCCCGGGUUAUUGUGGUAGCUAGUCCGUGCGGCAUGGUGGCCCAGAUGGUCAGUCACAUGAGGCCGCCUUGUCCCAUUGUUAUGCUCACGGGAUGCAAAUUUCAGGCCGCCCAAUCUUUGCUCUUCCGGGGCGUUUAUCCAUUGCUCGUUGAAGAAAUGGUUAUAGGUAGCUUCAACUUUCGACGCAUUAUGCAGUCGGGCCUCAAGCUAAUGGCCAAAAUGGACAUCUUGGAGCCUGGACAAAAGGGAUCUGUGGUGCUGGUAAAUGCCAUGUCUGCAGAUAAGAUCACUUUCCGACUGUUCACCAUCCGGCAGCAGACGACGGCGGAAAGGGACCAGGAGGAGCUCUGUCAAAAACUAGCAAUGGAGCAGCGGUGCAAGGAGAGAGCAGAAAAGGAGUCCUGUCAAAAGCUGCAGCAGGAGGAAGAAUGCCGCAAAAGACGCGAGGCGGAAGAAUGUAGGAGGAAGCGCGAGGAGGAAGAAUGUAGGAGAAAGCGCGAGGCGGAUGAAUGUAGGAGAAUUAAUGAAGAAAGACUUGCUCAAAAGUGCUGCAAAUUAGCUGAAGAAAAGAAAAGCAGAGAAGAAUUUGAAAGGAUCUGCAAUAUAGCCGAAGAUCAGAAAAAGGAAGCUAAAAAGUGCAAAAAACUGAAAAAAGAAAGGAAGUCCAAAUUAGCUGAAGGAAAGAAAAGGAAGGAGGAAGCUGAAAAGUGCAAGAAACAGGAACUAGAAAAGAAAUGCAAAUUAGCUGAAGAAAAGAAAAGGAAGGAGGAAGUUGAAAAGUGUAAGAAACAGAAACUAGAAAAGAAAUGCAAAUUAGCUGAAGAAAAAAAAAGAAAGGAGGAAGCUGAAAAGUGCAAGAAACAGGAAGAAGAAAUGAAAUGCAAAUUAGCUGAAGAAAAGAAAAGAAAGGAGGAUUCUGAAAGGUGCAAGAAACAGGAAGAAGAAAUGAAAUGCAAAUUAGCUGAAGAGAAAAAAAGGAAUGAGGCGGAACUAAAGAUAAUUGAGGAGGAAGUGGCCAAACUGGAAGAGGCUGAAAAAGCAAAGCGCUUAGAGGAGGAUAAGAAAAAGAAAUUGGAACUCGUAAAUUGCAAGCAGCUGUGUGAAGCAAAAAGAAAGAUUAAACAGGACGAAAAAUGUAAAAAGGCGGAGAAACAAAAGAAAUUGGUAGAAAUGGAGAAAAGAUGGAAGCAGGUUGCGGCCGAAAGAAAAUUGAAAAGAGAGGCUGAGCUUUGUAAGAAAUUAGCGGAUGACAAGAAGAGAGCAGAUGCAGAAUCGGAGGAAAGGAUUUUGAAAUCAGUGUGCAAAAAGCUAAAAGAAUCCCUGAAGGACCCAGACUCUUCCAAAAAGGGCAGUAAAUAGUUAUAGCAAAUUUUGUAUAUAAUUUUUGGCUACAAAAUUUCAUUUCUCAGUUAAAAUAAAAUAAAACGGAUAAAAAGUAAA